GCGAAGGAAGCUCCGGUGCGCCUCGUACGCUUUCUUUGUCCUGGUUUUAACGCUGGAUGUCCGCUGGUAUCGCAACAUCAGAGCUCGCUGGGCGCGCACGCAAAGUUCAACUCUAGUAGUUUCUCUGUGUGUGUGUCUGUCUGUGUCUCUGUGUGUGUGUGUGGAUUCAGGAUCAUGUGUGCUCAGUCAGUCUGUCUGUCUGUCUGUCUAAUAGACUGACCCCCCAGCACGCCGUUUAAAGGGAAGACAAGAGAGCUGAGUCAACGAAUCACAAGGAGAAGGAUGCAAUAGUUGAUGUGCGCAACUUGCACAGUUUUUCUCGUAUUUGGAGACGGCGUGCAGCGCACAAGGAGGAUGGUGGCUCUGGUCUGUAAGGAGAAAGAAACGGAUGUUUUUGCGGCUUUAAAACUGUGAGAUAACCCUUACAAUUAAACACCAGACCAGCCUCUCUACAGCGCAGAGGGAGUGAGUUAUUCGCGCUCCAGUCGUGCGUGUUUUUUUUUUUUUUAAUAUAUUUUUUUUAUUUUUUUAUUUUAUUUAUUUAUUUUUUUUAAAACCCAAAUGGACAUUUGGACUGAAAUGCAUUUGGAGGGAGUCCGCGCUCUGCUCGAAUGGAGUUGAAGCGGCGCUUUCUGCGGUGAGGAGCAGUGCAGUCUGCACCAACAUGCAUCGGAUUCUGCAGAGGAGGCGAGUGCGCAAGCUGCGGGUCGUCUGGGCUUCUCUGGCGCUGGUGGCUCUGUCUCUGGCCGCUUGCAGCGCGCUGUUUACGGCAUGGACUUGGCGACAGACGCGGGACCUGUCUCAGUCCUUUAAGAUACUGCAGGACCGACUCGAGCAGGUCAACACGCAGAGGAAGGCCAUCGUCCAGCUCAUUCUGGAGAAGAGGGAGCUGCUGGUGGGGCAGCGAGUGAAGAGAGACGGGGGAGCGGCGCGAGGAGGGAGGAAUGGAAAUGGAAAGAAAGCGGCGUCUCAUUUUGAGAUAACCAAAGUCUCCUCUCAGCAAGUGGGAGAAGGCGGCGUGAUAAAGGGCUGGGAGGAGAGGACGUUGAAUAUGACUAAAGCGGUGAGGUACAACAAGGAGCAAGGCACCUUCACAGUGGAGAAAGCGGGCGUCUACUUCCUGUUUUGCCAGGUGUUGUUCAAUGAGCAGCAGUCUCAGUAUGUGAAGCUGGACGUGGUGACCUCCGGCCCGAAGUCUCAGAAGCUGCAGUGCAUGGAGGGCUACGGGACAACUCCGUCCGCUGGUCCGCACCCUUUCCACUUCCUGAAGCCCUGCCAGGUGUCAGGCCUCCUGCGACUGGACAAAGGCACAGAGCUUCAAGCCAUUACAGGCUCAUCCUUCAAACUCCAUAUCGUGGGCAGUCCUUCCGCCUCGCCUCACGUCUUCAGCAUCUUUAAAAUCAACUGAAGAUUUUCCCCGAUCUGAUAUACGCUGGGAUCUUUGUACGAGCACACAAACUCGCGUACCACGAACUUACCUUGUUUUCCUAUGGAUGAGUUUCUUUUUUUUUUCUAAAUGGUGAAUCAGUCAUGGUCUGUUGAGGCAUCACUUAAUGCUACAGCUUCCUCCUGGAGACAUUAAUUUGAAAGACAAACCUGAGACUUGUGGAAGCUGUUGUGGAAUUUUUCUUUGGACUGCGGGGCUGUUUUGGAAAGCAGAUUUUGGAUUAAAACCAAGACCCACAGUGAACGAAAUGCCUCGAUGAUCGUGUGCCGAGGGAACAGAUGUGAUGGAAGCUGUUCUGUAGAUAAAGAGCUCCAUAUAAAAAAAAAAGAAAAUUCCUUGGAAGUUCAUCUUAGUCUCUGUGUCAUGCAAUAAAUUGUGCUUACUCUCACUUUGUAAGACUGACAGUAAAGCUGCGCAUGAACCCUCCACUUCCACAGCUGAGAGCACGUCUGCCAGAGUCUCGACACUAUAGAAGCCUGCACAAGUUGCCAUUGAUAUUUUAUAUAAUGUGGCACCUGUGUGUAUGAAACAAAUCAAAUUAUUCUUGUUUAUACUGAUUUUCUGAUCUUACCAAUGCAAUCCGUGUGUGUGUGAAAUUAACGGAAGCCUUUCCUUUAAAUACUCUGUACAUAUACGGUAUACACAUUUUAUAUAUGGGCAGCAAGUGGAACAUUUUAAACAACAUGGAUGUGAAUUUGUUCUCUUUUCUAAGGUCAAAUGAUUGUUUGUAUAUCUUUCUUUUGAAAAGUAGGUGAAAGUUAUGGGAAGCAAGACAUACAGCUUUAAACAUAGCUCUGUCUGUCUUUUCUGCCUGUCUCCUGUUUGAUGACACAAUAACCAUCACUUCCCUGUUUUUUUUUUUAUAAACGACCUGAAUUUUUAAUCUCUCAAAGUAGGAUUGAUGAGACCUGAAUAUAUAUCUAAAGCCAUACCAAGCCAAGUUGACAGGGCAUGGUUUUCCCUAUUAAAGGACGUUUUUCUUUGUUUAAACCACUUCACCACUGUAUGAUCACCUGACCUCGUAGCUUUUUAGCAAAGGUGAUCAUCACCAGCUUGUCAAAAUUCAUUUAAAAUUCCCAUUAGCUUCAGCUGGACUUUGAGUUCUGUGCUAAUGAUCAAACACUAGCAUGCUAACAUGUCGACCACACAUGCUAAAUGAACAUGUUAGCAUUUAGCUCAAGCGACUGCCUCAGAGAGCAGCUAGCGCGGCUCUUUCAUAACUUACAACAUUAGCCCUGCCAUUGAAUACCGCACAGCUAGCUGCUAAUUGUAGCCAAACAUUUGUGCCUUUAUUCCGGUGCUUUAUUUACACAUAAAGACAUGUGACCUCACAAAAAGUUCAGCUAACAAAGGAGGUCUGUUCCUGCCUCCACCGUAGGCUAGUUUUGAGUUUUGGUGCUAAUUAGGAAAUGUUAGCAUGCCAACAUUAAACUGAGGAAGCAUUGAGAGCAGGCUCACUUGCUAAUGCUAGCACUUUGUACAGUGUUAGCACGGCAGCAGCUAGCAUGCCUGUAUCUUUACCCUAAUGUGGCUUAACUUAAUAGUUGUAUUUUUUAUUUUUUUUUUCACUGAAUUGAUAGAAGCCAGAUGUUACCCGUUUGCCCUGACACUUCUGGAUAACUGCAAAAAAUAACCUUUAAGUUUCACUUAUUAUGUUUGGAAUUUCAAAUCCAAAGAUCAGUAUAUCCUAUCCAGAUAUCCAUAUUGUUUUUCAAUCACGUCCUCUCUUUUAUGUCUUUUCGGAAACUCCUUCCAUUCUCUUAUAUGCUGCUGCUUUCUGUAAUAUUCCCUGCUACAAUACAAACAGUGUGUAUUUCUAGCAGUGGGUUUCAGCACUCCCACUCUUGUUUAUAAGUAGUUUUUGCGGACAGACCGCACUGGUUUCUCCUCAGCACUUUACUGCAGCGAUCGUAGAGUUUUUAAUUGCAGCCAAACAUUUGUGUUUUCAGAUGGAAAAAUGUCAUAUUUUUGAGGUGUAGACAUUGUAUCCUGUUUGAUUUCCUCACCAUUUUCCUCUUUCCUUUUGGCGUCUCAGUCACCCCCGUCCACAUCCAUGCGCACCUCAUAUUUCCCUGUCAGCACCAAUCAAACUGCAAACGCACACACACACACACAUGAAUACACACACAGGACUCUGAAUGUCCUCUACACACGCACACACAGCAGCAGCCAUCUAAAUUUUCACUUCCUGAAUCUCAACCUGAACCACAUAGCUUAAGGUCUUUGAGGAAAAACAUGCCUUGUCCCUCCCCCGUCACCACACACACACACACACACACACACACACACACACACACAGCCGCACUUCCCUGCCCCGAUUCCCUUUUUUUUUUUUUUUUUAAAUGUCAAAGUUUAUUACCACCUCGGAAAAUUUUGUGAAGAAGUUGUCUGUAAAGUGAUGAUGUAUGCAUCGUCUUUUUCCUUUUUAUUUCUUCUGGGCUCGCUCAUCAUAAAUGUUGAAUAAACCUUCCUCGUUGUUUUUGAAAA